AUGGUGCGCCGAAUCCCCCGGCUCCCCGCGUCCGCGACUCCCGCACUUGCCGACGUCUCUUCUCACGAAGCCCCCGACGAUACGACGAGCCUCGACGUGCCCGAACAGCUCCUCACGCCCGAAAAUAGUCGCUCCGAGACCUCUAGCAACAAUGAAAACGCGUCGACAGACGAUAAAUCUGCCGGGCGACGGAGAUCAACACGGGUUGCACGCGCAUCGUUGCAAGCGACUGAUGCACUGCCCGAGUCCCCGGUGAAGAACAACGAAGUGGCGGCCUCCUCGAGUCAAGCGUAUGUCGACAGCAUCGCCAAAUCGAGGCGCUCGCACUCCUCAUUGCGCCAUAGUAUCGCUGUGAUGGAGAAUUCACUCCGAAAUGGAACCGCGCUGCCAGACGAUGAUACUACCACCGAUGACCACCCAAUGGUUCCCGAUACCCCGAUCUCGAACUCCUCCCAAGAAUUGCCAUCAACGGACUUGAAGACCUCGCUCCAAGAGCGGACUUUGCGACAACGGGUUGAGAAGGCAUUGAGCAAGGACGAAGAGGAGAAACCCUCGCCGAAAUCCGCCCCCAAGGCUUACUCUCGAGGUUCAGUGCGACGGUCUACGCGAUUGAGUCUUGUUGAGAAGGCCACUGGACUGUUGGAACGAUCUAGCAGUGUCCUGGGCAAACGCCAGCGGGGAAACAAGGAUGUUGAUCGGCGCGCCAGCCUUCGACCUCGAAACGUUGCGCCGGUCGAGGAAGAGGCGCCCUCACCCGCACCCAAAGCACCAGAGCCAAAGAAGCGUCGAGUCUCCGAGAGCGAUUUGGCGAAGCUACAGGAAAAGAAAGAAGAUACCCCACCGGCAACAGAAACCAAACCGGCAGUAUCGCAGUAUAAGCCCAAGCGAUGGUUGACUCAUGGGCUGUACACGGGUCAAGAGCCCACCGAUUCGCCUCCGAAACAACGCAAGAGCAAGAACUCGGCCAAGGCGAGCGAUACUCCAUUACAGCGGAAGCUGCUGCCCAUGCCUAUGUUCGCAGGAAAGCGCCUCAUCCAAAAUGGCCGAGACUACAAAAUUCCAUUCGACAUCUUUAACCCGCUCCCGCCGGGACAGCCCAAGCCAGAUGAGUGGCGGAAGACCAAUAAGAACGUGUUUGUUGGUGACGCCGCGGCUGAGUGGAAAGCCAAUAAGAACCUGGAGCUUUCCACUUGCAUGUGCGAGGAGGAGACUGGUUGUGACGAGAAUUGCCAGAACCGUUACAUGUUCUAUGAAUGCGAUAACGGUAACUGCAGGCUUGGCCCAGAGUGCGGGAAUCGGAACUUCAACGAGCUGAAGGCCAGAACGAAGGCCGGCGGCAAGUACAAUAUCGGUGUCGAGGUCAUUAAGACGGCUGAUCGUGGAUAUGGUGUGCGCAGCAACCGUUCCUUCGAACCAAAUCAGAUUAUUGUCGAGUACACUGGUGAGAUCAUAACGCAGUUCGAGUGCGAGCGGCGGAUGAGAUCGGUGUAUAAGAAUAAUGAGUGUUACUAUCUGAUGUACUUUGAUCAGAACAUGAUCAUUGAUGCUACUCGAGGCUCAAUUGCCCGUUUUGUCAACCACUCUUGCGAGCCCAACUGCCGCAUGGAGAAGUGGACAGUUGCUGGAAAGCCGCGCAUGGCCCUGUUCGCAGGCGACCGGGGAAUCAUGACGGGCCAGGAACUGAGUUACGACUACAACUUUGACCCAUACUCCAACAAGAAUGUCCAACAAUGCCGCUGCGGUGCAGAAAACUGUCGUGGCAUUCUCGGUCCACGACCCAAGGAAAAUGUCCGACCUAAAGUGGUGGAUGAUAAGAGCAAGGCUAAGACAGCUGGCACGAAGAGAAAGCUGUCUGAAGCGGACGACGCCUCGUCAGGCCCCGGCAAGAAGCGUAAAACGCUGAAGCCCAAGUCCAUCAAGGCUAGCGUCAAGAAGGUCGUCAAGAAGGCAACCACCACUGCCCGCGGAAAGACGGCUACCAAGAAAACCGUUACGAAGACGACGGGCCGUGCCGCGUCUGCUUCCAAGAAGGAUGUCAAGUUGCCAACCGUCAAAUCCGCCUCAAGAGUCAAGGCUACCGUCAAACAACCUGCUCGAAAGAACGCCAAGUCCACCAAAGCAGCUCCGAAAUCACCAGCGAAGAGUCCCUCUAAGCUCAAUCGUCCAUCUGCCGAGACCAAGCGAAAAAUUCUCGCUGCGGCCGCUCGAGGCACCGGUGGCCGAGGCUCGAAGACUACCAAAAAGUCACCGAGCAAGCCCGCCGCGAAGAGCCCCAAGAAGAGCCCUGCCAAGGCGAAGGCGCCCGCGAAGUCCAAGGGACUCGGAAAUAGCGUGAAGAGCGCAGCCAAGAAUGUCGUACGUGCCGUACGAGGCACGAAACGACCCACAUAA